AUGUCGAGCAGAGUACAACUAAAAUCAACAAAACUGCAAAAUAGAAAAAGACCUAGAAAAAGAAAGAAGUCAGAGAUUUAUAGGACUCCAGUUUUAUAUCAUCCAUAUCAGAGGGAUUACUUCAACUUGCAAAGUGAAUAUACGUGUUUGCCUGAUGACAAAAUAUUAAAUUUAUUGUCAAAAGGUAAGUUACAUUUAUUAAUAAAAGCAAUAAAAAAUAAAAAUAAUGAAGAAAUUGAUCAAAUUCUUUACAAAGAUGUGAAUAAUAUAUACCUAGAUAAGAGGUACAUAUAUUAUGACGAAAGUGCUGUUUCUAGGGGGCAAGAGGGGGGGGACACCACCACUACUACUACAGAUAUCGCUACUACUACAGAUAUCGCUACUACUGCAGAUAUCGCUACUACUACAGAUACCACUACUAUUACAGAUUCCACUUCUACUACAGAUACUACUGCUUCUUCUACUAGUACUACUCCAAAUUCCAGUCGCAUGCAUAUUAAGGGUGCACCUAAUAAACAGGAUGCAGAUAACAACAGCAAUAUGAGCCGAGGGGGGAACUCAGGAAUUUAUGAAGAUAGGCGUAAAAACAUUGGUCGUCAUGAAAAUGAUAUAGGAAAAGUAGGAGAGGAAAAAACAAAAGGUUUCUUUGAUGUUUAUGUGUUUCAUCAGAAAAAUAAUUUGUUCAACAUAAAAAAAAAAGCUGUGAGAAAUAAGGCAGAAGAGAAUGAAAAUGAAGAAAAGAAAUUCGUUGAUUUGAACAACAUAUAUUUUUACUUCAAAAAAGUAAACAUCACUAACAUAAAUAAAGAUAAUAUAAAUGAUGAUAUAUACAAAGAAUUAGUAGAAUUAAAAAAGAUGUCCAUAGAAAAAGGAGAUACCAUUGGUUAUAAUAUAUAUAAAUUCUUUCUAAAUAUUAUUACAAAUGUAGAUAGGUUAAAAUAUAUGGAUAAUUUUUUUUUAGUUGACUAUAUAAACAAAAUUUGGGUAGCGAAAAAUGUACAUAAAUAUUUUUAUUUCUUAAAUUCAUUAUUUGAUAGAAUGAAAAAAAUAUCCUAUAAAUUAUUCCAUCUGAAUUUUAAAAUUGAUGUUAUUGGACAUAAGGAAGAAAAGGAUAAAAUGAAAUAUUUCGAAAGACAUGAGUUAUUUAACAAAGUUAUUAAGAAGACGAAAUUUAUUCCAAAUUACAUUUUAAAGCACAAUUACAUAUACUCCAAUGAUAUUUUAAAUCUCUAUGAAUAUGAUAUUAACACUAAUUCUUAUAUCAACAAAUUUGACGAAACUUAUAAAGAAAUUUCCAUAGACGAUUUUCUCGAUAUAGGGAAAAAGAAAAAUUUAAAUAUUUACCACGAUCGUAGUAUACUUGAACCGUUUUAUAAUUAUGCAGAGAAGUAUGAAAAAGACAAUGAACUGAAAAAAAUUAUGGGUCUAACCUACGGACGAUCUGACAGUGUCACAGGGGAAAGCAACUUUGGCAGUGUUGAAAGUGAGGACAGACUCCACCCUGAGGGGGGACAGGAGUAUGGAGUUAGAGACGAUGUCCACAAAACUGUGCAUAUGGAGAAGGGUGUUUGUAAUAGUGACAAAAAUAGUAACAAUAGUAGUAGUGGUAUUAGCGCUGGUAUUAACAGUAGUAGUAAUACUAAUAGUGACAGUAAUUGGAACAAGGCUGCACAGGAGAAUACACCUCGAUAUGGAAAUCAGAGUCCUUAUAAUGAAGGCGUGCUUAGGGAAGAGGGAAUAAACAAACAAAGCAAUGACAAUAAUUGUAAUAACGGUAAUGGUUGUAGUAGCAGUAGUAGCAACAUCAGUAGCAGUAGUAAUAAUUGGCUAGACAGAAUAAGAGAAAACCCUGACGUAAAGUACGAAUUUUUGUCAAAGAUUUGUGAAAAAAUGAAAAGUGAACUUUCUCAAAUGGGUAUACUUGAUAGCGAAAAUAAAAUAGACUUAAACAGAAUUGAUGAUAUAAAGAAUGAUAAGGAUAAUAAGUUAUAUAAGAAAGUAUAUGCCAUGCGUGAUUAUUUUUAUAAUAUAAUUUAUAAUAAUUAUAAACCUAAUCUUGAUUUAUACGAAUUGGAAACAUAUAUAGAUGCUGAAUAUAGAACAUAUACCUAUAAAAAAGACUUAAAUGUACUUUUUAAAAAUUGGGUAUUAAACGAAAAUAAAGUAUUGCCAACGGUUCAUUUUGCAAAGAAGGAUGUAGAGCUAGCUAAGUUGAGAUUUUUAUCCAAAAGGAAAAGAAAAGAACUCGAGUUUAAUCAACUCUUUUUUGAGCGCCAUGGGAAGGGUAAAAAGAGGUAUUACCCAGUAGAGGACGCAGACGAGCGUGAUAGCAAAAAUGGUGUAAGCAAUGAUAGUAACAGAAAAAAUGACAAUGAUGGUGGUAGAGAUGAUGAUCACAAAAAUGAUGACAUAAAUGUGGACAAAUAUCAUAACAGUAAUGAAGAGAGCAAUCAAGACAGUAAUAAAGUUAUAAAAAAAUCCCUUAACUGCCUGAUCAAAUGGAACGUAAGAAGCGAAAAUGACUCGAAUAAAAUAAAUCGUAAUGACAACGAAAACAAUGAAAUUGAUAUUAGUGACGAUGAUGACCAGGACGACGACGACAUUAUUGAUUUGGACAAAUACGAUAUGAACAUUAAUGAAGUAGAUUCCUUUAAUUUUUUGGAUGAACAUUUAGAUGAAUAUGAUAAUGAAGAACCGUCUUUUGAUGACACCAAUUUUGCAAAAUUAGUUAUUUAUGAUGAUAAUUACGAUAAAGAACAGUUUGUGGAAACGUUAACGAGCUAUAUAAUCUCUUGUGAUACUAAAAGAGCUAAUUCAAUUUAUAACACAUUAAAGAUAAAAGGAAAAGUCGAUAACUUAUAUUUUAAAAAUUACGAAAGGGCAGAAAAUUUGGCUUUUUUAUUGCGCCAGUCAAAACAAAAAAUUAUAGCUGACGUGGAAUUGUUAUAA